UGCAGCUGACACACGCAAGAAUCCUUUGGACAGAAGACGGUUGUUCAUCUGCUGACUGACUUCAUAAACACCUGAUUUAAAACAAAAUUUUACUUUGCAUUUAGAUUUAAUUGGGUGAUGAAGGACAUCUAGAGUGUCACGGCAGCGCUGUCUGGAAAUAUGUCGACGCUCGAAAUGUUACUGAGUCUCGUCUUUCUUCCAAGUAUUUUGGCUGUUUGUGAGAGACCAGGUGUCUCACUUACUUUACCAACCCCAAUCGAGGCAUUGAGUGGAUCUUGUUUUCAAGUCCCAUGUCGCUUUAUAGAACACAAUGGAUUUAAUUCCACAGGAGCACGUGAAGGAGUGUGGAUUAAACAUGGCAAGGAUAUUUACACAACCGCACAUGGAAUUAACAAAUAUCCAAUAGAAAUUACCGGAGACUUGGACAAAUUCAACUGCUCCACCCUGCUUUCUGACGUAAAUACAAAUCUUGCGGGGAAGUACUUCUUAAGGCUUGACAACAAACAAAGCACGGCAACAGCUUGUGCUCAUCCACUCUGGGUAACUGUGAGAGAUUCUCCUUGGAGUCCCAGCAUUAAUCUUCCCUCUGACCUGAAGGAGCAUCAGUCUGUCAUUGUAACCUGCUCAGCUUUCACUCCCUGUCCACACUCACCUCCUAAACUCACCUGGAAUCUCCAACAAGACUCUCUCAGACAAACAGAGGAAAACACAGAUGGAACCUUUACAACUAAAAUCCAGGAGACCAUCACUCUGUCAGACACACAUGAUGGAUACAACAUCAGCUGUUCUGCCAGAUAUCCUGUGAUUGGAGGAAACAAGACAGCAGAGACAAAAGUGACUCUCAGUGUUUCAUAUGCUCCUAGAAACACCUCAGCAUCCAUCCGUCCAUCAGGUUUGGUGUCAGCAGGUAGAAGGGUGGAGCUGAGCUGCUCCAGCAGAGCCAAACCUCCACCCAGAUUCACCUGGUUCAGGAAGUGUGAACAUGGAACCACUAAUGUAUCUGUGGGGCCAGUUUACAGCUUUGCUGUUACCAAGGGAGGAGAGUAUUAUUGUGUGGCUACAAAUGGUCUGGGAAAUCAGAGAUCACCAGAUAUCUAUUUAAGGAUUAAAGAAACCCCUGGAAGUCCCAGCAUUGAUCUUCCCUCUGACCUGAAGGAGCAUCAGUCUGUCACUGUAACCUGCUCAGCUUUCACUCCCUGUCCACACUCACCUCCUAAACUCACCUGGAAUCUCCAACAAGACUCUCUCAGACAAACAGAGAAAAACACAGAUGGAACCUUUACAACUAAAAUCCAGGAGACCAUCACUCUGUCAGACACACAUGAUGGAUACAACAUCAGAUGUUCUGCCAAAUAUCCUGUGAUUGGAGGAAUCAAGACAGCAGAGACAGAAGAGACUCUCAGUGUUUCAUAUGCUCCUAGAAACACUUUUGCAUCCAUCAGUCCAUCAGGUUUGGUGUCAGCAGGUAGCAGGGUGGAGCUGAGCUGCUUCAGCAGAGCCAAACCUCCACCCAGCUUCACCUGGUUCUGGAAGAGCAAACAUGGAGAAGUUGACGUAUCUGUGGGGCCAGCUUACAACCUCAGCGUUACUGAGAAAGGAGAAUAUUACUGUGUGGCUUCAAAUAAUCUGGGGAGUCAGACAUCAUCAGUGAUUCAUCUUAAUAUUGAAGAGUCUAGAGUUUCCAUCUACUCCACAAUGACGAUCGUGGGAUUGGUGAUGCUCUGUGGUGCCGUCAUCAUCUUUGAAUGCUGGCUUAGAUUCUCCAAGAAACCAGCGGAGGACACAAACGAAGCAGAGUGACGGAGGCACAGGCAUCAUGAAAAUAAAGAUGUAAACUUCACUCUGCAGUGGAGAAUUUCUUCUUCCCUACCCUAUCACGUACCUCCAUUACUUGUAAUGCUUUCUUUCAAAGAUUCAGCCAUGCAGGCAAAUAUUUGAAUCAUUUUUUUUGUUCAAAGUAAGGAAAUUUAAACAUCUGCUAUGUUUUGAGUGUUGCUUUCACUGCAUAAAAAUCACUGCAAAAAUAAACAGCAGAUAGAAGAGCCAACAGCUGGUUAUGUCAUCCAGGACAUGUUACUGUGAAAUAUCAUCUCCGUCUUUGUCAUCCAGUAACAGUCAGUCAGAUGUUUCUUAUUGCUGCUGGAGACGUUUCCUGCUCACAGAGUCUGCAACGACUCUUUCAAGUUACUUGUGUAUUGCGAGUUUGUGUAACGUUUAAUUGUGCUUUUGUUAAGAUAAGGUGUUUCUGAAUUGAAUUGUUGACUUCCUCUACCGAGGCUUCAAAUAAAUGUCUUCACCA